CCCCCGCCCCGCCGUGGAACUGCAGACGGCCAGACCCGACCCGCCCGGAACGACGUUCCGGCCCGGCUCUCGCGUGCGCCAUGUCGGGUUCCUCCAGUGUCGCGGCUAUGAAGAAAGUGGUCCAGCAGCUCCGGCUGGAGGCAGGGCUCAACCGCGUGAAGGUUUCCCAGGCCGCUGCAGAUUUGAAACAGUUCUGUCUGCAGAAUGCUCAGCAUGACCCCCUACUGACUGGAGUGUCUUCAAGUACAAAUCCCUUCAGACCCCAGAAAGUUUGUUCCUUUUUGUAGAUAAAAUCUUUGGAAGGUUUGCCGAUUCAAGAAAACAGAAUAUUCACCGGAGUUACAUUCGAAGUCUAUACAAGCUUACACACAACUUGUGCCAUAUAACCGUUUCAGUCCUUUAACAUCUACCUCUGAAUUUUCAUGAAUUUCUUUUUCACAAUAACUAUUUUAUAUAGAACAGCAUACAAUAAAAUACUUAGUAUAAAUUGUUUUGCAUAUUGUUAUUAAAUACACCAUUAUUUGUUUUGAUAAGAUAAAUGAUAAUUUUGGAAUUAAGUUUUUAUUCCUCUGACAACGUGUCAAACAAAAGGUGCUAGAAAAUUAAAGAUAUAUUUAAGGAAAAAACAAACACUGCCUUAUUCAAGAUUAGUUUUGUAUAAAACCAGUGGGUUACAUAGAAUUUACUAAGCACUUAACAUUUCUAGCCCAAAUAGUCUCUUAAAGUCUUGAUUCUAUGUGCCUGCCACAGGGAGGGAGGGAUGGGAACACUGGUGGUGGAGGGAGAACGGGAACUGGUGGAGGGAGGGGUACUGGAUCAUUGUAUGACUGAAACGUAAGCACAAGAAUUUGUAAGCUUGUAACUGUACCUCACGGUGCUUUCAUUAAAAAAUAAAAAAAUAAACAUUAAAAAAGUCG